CUUGGUCGGCUCUGCCGUUAUCUUCUGCCUCUUCUGGCGUUCUUCUCCCAACCCCGGGGGAUUUACUGGUCCCUGCACGAGGACUCUGCUUAGUAUGGACUCGGCAUCCACGUUCCAAGCCUGGGCAUUCUUCUGCUCCGGACCUGGGCGCCUGGCCGCCCUCGAGGCCGUGGACUUUCCGCUCAGUUUCUCUCUCCUGGUUGGUGACUAGUUUGCCUCGCCACGACUUCCCGCCGAAACGCCGCCCCGGCCCGUCUGGACCCCACACCCCAAACCCCUCGGAACCUGUGCCUGGACCCUCCCUCCGGCCCUCUCUGGCGCCUGCCUCGGCUAACUGGCUCUCAGAAGCCAAGCUCCCUCUGUAGUUAGCCCAUGCUCUCGACCUAGCAGCCGCCUCUCUGUCAGGUCCUGGUCCUCCUUCCCAGCCGCCGCUGCCUUUGACGAAUGGGUGCUUGACUUCCGUGCCCCUGGGCUUAGGAUGAGGAGGAGCUUAGCUCCCAGCCAGCUGGCCAAGAGGAAAUCCGAGGGCAGAUCCUCUGAGGAUGAAGACUGGCAGCCUGGGGCAUCCUCGACUCCUAAGAGACAGAAAUCCAGAAGCGAGACACAGACCCAGGAAUGCUUCCAGUCUCCCUUCCGGAAACCUUUGACUCAGCUGAUUAAUCGGCCAUCCUGCCUGGAUAGCAGUCAACAUGAAGCAUUUAUUCGAAGCAUUUUGUCAAAACCUUUCAAAGUCCCCAUUCCAAAUUAUCAAGGUCCUCUAGGUUCUCGGGCUUUGGGCCUGAAAAGGGCCGGAAUCCGCCGGGCCCUCCACGACCCACUGGAAGAAGGCGCCUUGGUUCUGUAUGAACCACCCAUGCUGAGUGCCCAUGAGCAGCUGAAGCUGGACAAGGAAAAACUCCCUGUCCAUGUGGUUGUUGACCCUAUUCUCAGUAAGGUCUUGCGGCCUCAUCAGAGAGAGGGAGUGAAGUUCCUGUGGGAGUGUGUCACCAGCCGGCGAAUCCCUGGCAGCCACGGCUGCAUCAUGGCUGAUGAGAUGGGCCUAGGAAAGACGCUACAGUGCAUCACAUUGAUGUGGACACUUCUGCGCCAGAGUCCAGAGUGCAAACCAGAAAUUGACAAAGCAGUUGUAGUGUCACCCUCUAGCCUGGUGAAGAAUUGGUACAACGAGGUUGGGAAAUGGCUUGGAGGGAGGAUCCAGCCUCUGGCCAUCGACGGAGGAUCUAAGGAGGAGAUAGACAAAAAGCUGGAGGGAUUCAUGAACCAGCAUGGAGCCAGAGUGCCUUCUCCCAUUCUCAUCAUUUCCUAUGAAACAUUCCGCCUUCAUGUCGGAGUCCUCCAGAAGGGAAGUGUUGGACUAGUCAUCUGUGACGAGGGACACAGGCUCAAGAAUUCUGAGAAUCAAACCUAUCAGGCCUUGGACAGCUUGAAUACCAGGAGGCGGGUGCUCAUCUCUGGGACCCCCAUCCAGAAUGAUCUACUGGAGUACUUCAGCUUGGUACAUUUUGUGAAUUCGGGCAUCCUAGGGACUGCCCAAGAAUUCAAGAAGCGUUUUGAAUUGCCAAUUUUGAAGAGUCGAGAUGCAGCUGCCAGUGAAGCAGACAGGCAGCUAGGAGAAGAGCGACUGAAGGAACUCACCAGUGUUGUGAAUAGGUGUUUGAUACGGAGGACAUCGGAUAUCCUUUCUAAAUAUCUGCCUGUGAAGAUUGAGCAGGUGGUUUGUUGCAGGCUGACACCUCUUCAGACAGAGUUGUACAAGAGGUUUCUGCGACAGGCCAAACCAGCAGAAGAGUUGCGUGAGGGCAAGAUGAGUGUGUCUUCCCUUUCUUCUAUCACCUCUCUAAAGAAGCUUUGUAAUCAUCCAGCUCUAAUCUAUGAUAAAUGUGUCGAAGAGGAGGAUGGCUUUGAGGGUGCCUUGAACAUCUUUCCCCCUGGUUAUAGCUCUAAGGCUGUUGAGCCCCAGCUGUCAGGUAAGAUGCUAGUCCUUGAUUACAUCCUGGCAGUGACUCGAAGCCGCAGCAGUGACAAAGUAGUGCUGGUGUCCAAUUACACCCAGACGCUGGAUCUCUUUGAAAAGCUCUGUCGGGCUAGAAGGUACUUGUAUGUACGCCUGGAUGGCACGAUGUCCAUUAAGAAGCGAGCCAAGGUUGUGGAACGCUUCAAUAGUCCAACGAGUCCUGACUUUGUCUUCAUGUUGAGCAGCAAAGCUGGUGGCUGUGGCCUCAAUCUCAUUGGAGCUAACCGGCUGGUCAUGUUUGAUCCCGAUUGGAACCCAGCCAAUGAUGAACAAGCUAUGGCCCGGGUCUGGCGUGAUGGUCAAAAGAAGACCUGCUAUAUCUAUCGUCUGCUCUCUGCAGGAACCAUUGAGGAGAAAAUCUUCCAGCGUCAGAGCCACAAGAAAGCUCUGAGCAGCUGUGUGGUUGAUGAGGAGCAGGAUGUCGAGCGGCACUUCUCUCUAGGCGAGUUGAAGGAGCUGUUUACCCUGGAUGAGACUAGCCUGAGUGACACACAUGACAGGCUGCACUGCCGCCGUUGUGUCAAUAACCGCCAGGUGUGGCCGCCCCCUGAUGGUUCUGAUUGUACAUCAGACCUGGCUCAAUGGAACCACAGCACUGAUAAGCGGGGGCUCCAGGAUGAGGUACUCCAGGCUGCCUGGGAUGCUGCCUCCACUGCCAUCAGCUUCGUCUUUCACCAGCGUUCCCAUGAGGAGCAACGGGGUGUCCACUGAUAACCUGCUGGUCUGGGUGUAGCUAGCUGUUUGAGGAAAGAGACAGGGAAAAGGGCCCUGCUGAAUUUUGUUCUCUGGGAGAAAAUCAUGGAGAAGGGCUGC